AAUGGUUCUCCAGUCAACCGGAUCGAACAAGGACAACAACGAAGAUGUCGCGUGGACGAAGUGGAAUAUGGAUAAUGACGAAUCUCUGAAAGAUAAGAACGCUGAACGAAAUGGUAACGGUGUUCCCAAACGACAACUGCAAGCUGGGCAAGAUUAUGGUUUAUCGAUCGUGGUCAGGAUGGACAAAGGAUCGCAACUUUGCCCACUAACUGAUGGGAAAGGAUUAAUGUUGAGCAUUCAAAAUCCUGCUGAACAACCGCAAAUCCGAAGAUAUGGAUUUUUGGUCCAACCAAAUCAUGAGACCACUGUCCAACUAACGACAAACUUGGUCAAGUCGACGGAUAAGAUGGAAGGGAUGAAAGUGGCUGAAAGAAAAUGCUAUUUGAACACGGAUUAUGGCGAGUUCAGUAAAUCAGAAUUUGAAUAUUCCAAGUACACCGAGGGCAACUGUCAGGAAGCCUGUUUUGCUUUCGCAAUUCAGAUAACAUGCGAGUGUGUCCCUUUGUCCUUGAGUGCUGGAAAUAAAAGUGUUGUUAUCUGUGGACCCGAAAAGGAGCAAUGCAUCCGAGACACUAAAAAUAACGUUGUGGCAACCGGUUUUUCUGAGAAGACUUGCAAAUUGAAAUGCUACCCGGAAUGCAAUCGAGUUUCGUACAUUGCGGAGAGGUCGUCCGUGCCAUACGACGACUUUGUUGAUGAAACAGCAAGAAGAAACCUUGGCAUUUCGGAGGAUGAGGAAUUCACCACGAUUCAUGUUUACCAAAAGUAUGACGACAUCGAUACCGAAGAAGCGCAGGGUCUGCGCAUCUUUAUCAUCUUCAUUGGAACAAUCGGUGGAAUUCUCGGAUUGACGAGUGGGUUCAAUUUGAUGACGCCAUUCAAUCUGGCUGAGGGAAUUUUGCACAUCGUUCUCUCAUAUCUCAUGAAGAUUCCAGGCUUUAAGAAAUUUUAUGAAUCAAUUUUUGGACCGUUUUCAGAAAUUACGGCGAGUGAAAAUGAUGAUGCCAACGCGACCCCUCCGAGUCCUGAGAGUCCACAGAGUGAGCAUGAUGACCACGCUAAUGAUAAUGACGCCAAUGGAUCGGGGCAACCAGGGGGCGAAAAUGAGACCACCAAUAAUGAUGACGACACGGCCAACCAAGUCCGACAAGAUCCCAUCGUUCCAUUCGAUGCCAUAACACCAGUAUCAUAUCCAUGGACGUCCACUCCCCGAAGACAAAUCUCAUCUGCCCCCGCGGCUGGACGAUAAGGAUCUGGAAGAUUCCCAUCUUUCAAGAGAAUGCUGAACAGUAUAAGAAGACGGAAGACUCUCGACUCUGGCGAUGACCCACGUGACAUGAUCCCACUCGUACCACUCGUCCGAUCCGAGACCACCAGCACCAUCGUCCCACCAGCCACACCUUCUCCAGGAGGCGAAAUGGGGGAAGAGGUGGAGGAGUUGGGACCACUCGAAUCUGAAGUGUUGCCCCCGAUGAAGAGAGAAUCUGGAUCAUCAUCAUCUGACGCUGACCAUGACGCGACUCCACCACUCAAGCCGAGGAAACCAAUGGCACCAUGGACUUUGAAGCGGUAUUCUUGGCGCAAGAAGGUCAAGCCGGUUAAUGACCCUACAACAUCAGCGUCAUCCACAACACCAGCCGCCCUUCUUCCCGCGAUUGAUCCCGCAUCUGCUGCAGAACCCAUAAUUCCGGAACGGCAACAGCUUGAAGAGGUCGUCAUCGUGCCAAGAACCGCACCCCCGUCGCCCGUCCUCUUCAUCCCCCCAGUUCCGGCCACCCUCCUCUACUCCCAAAUUCCACCCCAACCUGUGGAAGGGGCUGAGGAAGGAUCUUCGACUUCUUCUGGUGAGAUUGUACCAGUCCCAACGCCACGUAAUAAAUUGCCAUCUCCACCACGCACUCCCAAAAUCUCGUCCAGUUCCUCCUCCGACUUCAUCGACUGGGAUGAAUAUUUGUAAAAUUGUGAAUAAAAUUGUGCAUUUUGGAUUUAUAAAUCGUAUUUAAAAGAAUGACAGCAAUUGCUAAUCUGCAAAUAAUCCGUUCUUAAAUUAUAGAGCUUCUAAACGAUAUGCAAUAAUGUUAACAGCUAAAAUUAUUUGAUAGAAUAUAUUCAUUGUACAUAUAUGUAAAUAGAGAGUUUAAGAAGUGCCAUAUUAUUAGGCGAGGAGAUUGUGAAUGAAAUUGGAGCUUUAUCGUACAAAAGUUUAUGAACUUGCUCAAAAUUAUGCCCAAUGAUCUCAAAACUUAUUUACCGAUUGUGAUCUCAAACCUGCCCUUUUUGCACAAAAAAUAUACUUAAAAGAAUGACUGCAAAAAUCUGUUCGUGAACUAUAGAGCUUCUAAAUAACUUGCAAAAAUGUUAAUGACUAAAAUUAUUUGCUAAUUGUGCAUAUUAAGGAAGUAAUUGUAUAUGCAUACAUAGGGAACUUAGGUAUAAAUUGUACAUAUUUAUUACAUAUAUUAGACCAAGGAGAUUGUGCGAAAAAUUAGAGUUUUUAUCGCACAAUGUUUUGCGAAGUUUCGCAAAAAAUAUCUGUAUUCCCAAUGAUCUUGAAACCUAUUUAUCGAUUGUGAUCACUAACCUAUACCCUUUUUGGAUAGCAAAAUUAUAUUUUAAAAAUUACUGUAAUUGCCAUUCUAUAAAUAAUAGCUUCUUAAAUUAUAGAGCUUCUAAAUGAUAUGGAAUACUGUUAAUGACUAAAAUUAUUUGGUGAUUAUAUUUACAUGUAUACAUAUUAAUUGUAUGUAAUUGUAAGUUUAAGAAUUGUACAUAUUUAUUACAGAUAUUAGACGAAAUGGCCCAUGGGAGCUUUUCUCGCACAAUAUUUUAUGAAAUUGCUCAAAGUUACCCAAUGAAUUGAUCUUAAACCCGAUUGUGAUCUCUAACCUGCUCUUUUUGCACAGAAUAAUGAGGAUGUACAUAUGCACAUAAAUUCAAUCGCUGUGAAAGAUUAAGGAUUAGCAAAAUAUGUGUAUGGUGUAUAUAUGUAUAAAAUAGAUUGUUGGACAAUUUGCACAAAAAAAUUGCACAAUUUAAAUAUAUCCACCAUUUGCAUUUUAUUAGAGUUAAAUCCUUGCAGGAUGAAAAUCCAAAUUUAGUCAAUUAAUGACAUAUGUAUAAUUAAAUAAUCGCUUGUUUUAUAAGUAAUAAUUUUAUGGAAUAACUGUAAGAAGAAUGUGGACAAUUUAAAAUUGAGAUUGAAUUGAAAGUGCCAAAGAGCAACAAGACGAUGAGCUGUGUACAUAUUAAAUGUUGAGAAUUUUAGAUUUUACUUAAACUAUAAAAGUUAUAACACGCUUAACAAGUAGGAAUUACGGUAGUUUGAUAAUAAAUAUAUAAAACUAAAAUUGUGAUCAUGCAUGAUCACAAUCCAAUCUAAUGCAAUCAUUAAAUGACAUGUCAUUUAAUGAUUGCAUAUGUACAAUUUUCGGAGAAACAAGAUAUCAAGUUGACAUGAUUAAACUCUGUAUUAUCGAGCUUUAUAAAUAUGUACAUAUGUAAAUAGCUUAUAGUCAGAAAAUUCUAGUCUAUUGUUUACUGUUUACUGUUUACUGUAGUUUAUUCAAGUGUCGCGAAUCAUCAGUUAUACACUGCUUUUCAGAUCAAGACACAAUAAUAAAAAUUUGUACUAAUCUACAUAUAACUAUAUAUAAAUUUGUUGUCAUAAUAUUAUAAUUAUAAAUUGUUAACCUCUGGUCCAUUGUGAUUUAUUUGACCAGUUACAAACUCACGUGCAUUUGAUUGAAACAAUCCGUAGGACAUGUUGCAUAAUUCCCAGUCUUUAGGUAAAGUAUUCCAUAAACAGUAUCUUCUAAACAAUGUUGAACGCUUAAAUACUUCUGUUCUAUGGGUCGGGGCGCACAUAUUCGGGCGCUUGUUGUUCAACGUUCUCUCGGAGAAAAUUAAUUUGUUACUUUUCUACAUCUUAUACGCGUUCUUUAAUAGUACGUAUUUCGAUCGCUGUUCAACCGUAAGCAUUUUGUUAUCAUUCCUGAUUUUUUGAAUAUCGAUAUUUUUCCGCAGACUUUUUAAAGUGAUUUUCUUAGUUGACCGUAAUUUUGCGAGCUUAGGAUAAUAAUAACUUAAGAGGAAGUUGUCAAUGACUUCCUGAAUCUUGCUAAGUGACAGGGAUGUCUGUACCGUCCAUAUGUCAAUACAGUAAUCAAUAACCGAAUGUACCUGAGUGUUAAUAAUUACACGCAUUGCCUGCUCACUAAUUGAGCGUUUUAGACCAUGCAGGAUUUUUAUCCGUUGACAGACUUUCGAACAAGUGCGUUGCUUCAUUUCUAGCCUUUCUGUAAGAUUUCCAGUCAUUAUUUAUCUUGGCUUGCUCUCUUAAUACAUUACGCUUUUUACAAGCUUCAUUCACUUCUUCAGUAUACCACCAACAUUUCCUUCUCUUAACUAUCCUUCUACGGAGAGGAGCAAUAAUAUCUAAUUUUGACAUAACAUAAUUAUUGAACCGAACCGUUUCAUGAUCGAUGGUUUGUUUACUGUCGUCUAGGUUAAAUUUGAACCCCCAAAUAUAUUUUUCAAAUUCAUCCCAAUCAACAUCUUUGAGAGUUCUCGUAAAGCAAUGUAGUGGAGGUAACUUUACUCUGCUUUUUUCACCUAGCACAUAACACAGGUCGUGAUCAGAACCAGCAAAUGAUAAAUGUCCUGAAGUGUGAAAUUUUGCUUUAUCUGUCACAUAAAUGUGAUCAAGUAAAGAUUUACCUUGAAAGGUUGGACCAAUUAUCAAUUGCCAUAAGUUCAAAGAUUUGCAAAGUAGGAAAAAUUUGUGUGUAUCAACGUCAAAAUUGGACUUAAAGUGUAACAGAUUAUAGUUGAAAUCUCCCAUAAAUAUUUUGUCAUACUUGUAUACACUCAAAAAGAUAUUAAGUUCUGUGAACGAGUCAAGGAAUUUCGUUUUAGACGAUUCUGGAUGUCGAUAGAUAACAGUGAAAAUUAUUGGUUUUAUAUACUGCCUAUAUACCUUUAGGAUUAACACUUCAACUAAGUUUGGAAAGUUAAUGUUACAUUCAAUGAUUUCGUACUUAAAUAAUUCAUUAAUGUAGAUUACCAGACCUCCUCCAUAUUUUUUAACAUUAUUGACUCGAUCUACCCGUAUUGAUUGGUAAUUUGGAAUGGAGAAUUGAUUGGCUGGAAUACUACUGUCAAGCUUCGAUUCAGUACAAGCAAAUAUAGCCACAUUUGAAUGAGUCUGAAGAAAGUUAAAAAUUUCAGUGAAUUUUCCCCUCAUACUAUUAAUAUUUACAUGCAUGUACAAAUGUCCCUUAAUUAAAUUUAACUUAUCCAUCGUGUGACGAAGUCUAAUUGACAUAUAGUUUUAAUUGAUACGCCACUUACAACUAAAAAUUAUUAAUAUUUACCUAAUACUGUAAAUUGUGUCACUGUCAAAGAAAGUAGAUACCUAAUUGUAUGUAAAUAAGUAUAUUAUUCUCCACCAUUAAGAGAUUCCAAAGCGGUCGGCAAUAAUUUUGAUGACCGAUAUUUUAAAGUUUGAUGCAGCUCACUUUAAUUACACACGUAGUUAAAUAUGUAUAUACAUUGGCCUGUUUGACUUAUUAACUGUUAUUGGUCGGUUUUCACCGACAUUCUUCAAUUAUGAAGUCCCCUGGUCUCAAAAUAAGGCUUGCAGUCCGGAAGGUGGUGAUGACUUGUGAAGGCGUCUGUCCGUGGAGAUUUGAACCAAUUUCAAGAUUAGAAACCUACAAAGCGUAGUUCGAGAUAAUUACUCUUUAAUUAUAGAACGCACUUAGUGUUAUUUUAAAAAAAAUGAAAAAAAUGAUAAAAAUGAAUUAUUUAAAAAAAUACGUAAUAAGAAGUGUAACAAUUAGGCUCCAAUAACGUUAUUAAAAAAAGUAGAAGGUGUUUGUAGUUGUAAAAGUAGAAAUAUGCCAAAUUGUCUUGAAAUGAAAUUCCAUUUUAGUGUUUGUGUCAAGAUGGUGUCAAGAGUGUGAAUUUGUUAGUAAAACCCUGCUAGAUAUUAAUUUUUACCAAUAUGCAACAUUACCAAAACCGGAAGUUGAUAGAGGAUGACUUGUGAAGCACAAUUCUGUCCGUGGAGAUUUUAGCCAAUUUCAAGAUUAGAAACCUACAUAGCACAGUUCGAGAUCCUCACUCUUUAAUUACUUCAUUGACCAAUUAAUUAAUUAAUUCUUUAUAAAAUAUGUAAUAAGAAGUGUAACAUUUAAUAGGUUCAAAUAUGUCAAACUUUCAUGAAAUUGCAUUUUAAUGUUUGUCAAGAGUGUCAACUUAUCUUAUAGCCAGCCAGAUUUUACCAAUAUGCAUAAAUUAAGUAGGUUUAAUUCUGCACUUACUAAUAUUUUUAAUCUGUUGUUCAAAAUAUGAAUUAUUUUCAAUCGAAAUUAUCUAUGUUGUGCCUCAAUUUCCUGUUUAUCAGCAAUGAUUAAUCUUUAUGAAAUACUAAAUAGUAAUCAAAUAUUAACAAUUAAUACUCGUCACAUCAUGGAAAUCACUUAUAGAAAUUAUAUUAUCUAACACUUGCUCCACCACAUUUAUGAAAUUUAAUUGUAUUUAGAACAUUAUCUAACUAACCAACUGCAGGAUAAGAUAGCCAUUUAAAAAUAUGCAUUUAAAAAUAAGUUGCUUUUGUCAUUUGUAGUUAGUUUUUCACGAAAGAAAUUGCAUUUUUUUCUCCGUUGUGUAGGUUAGCUUUGUUUCAGUCGUUAAUUAAUAAGCAAUCUAGAAAUGCAAUAAUUCACAAGUUUAUUUAAUACUAGCAAGAUUAGUGACUACACUUUAUGACUUCACUUAUGCUUCAAAUAAUGAUUUCAAAAUGUCACGUAAUGCAAUUUAUGUAAAUAAAAAUUUUGCAAAUGUA